CAAGAUCCAAACCAUUAUCCAUUUAUAUUCAAAACGAAUCAAAUUCCAUUUUCCCAACCAAAAAAAAAAAGGAAAAAAAAAAUCUCAGCUCUUUUCUUCUAAGUAUUUCUCUCCCUCAAUGGAAUCCCAAACCGACCGGAACCCAUUUUCCGGCGACGGCGAGGAAGACGAUGAGAAAGAAAUUACCGGCGAAUUUUCCGAUGACCGGAGCAGCCUUUUGGAACUUCAACUCUCAUCAAAUUCUCCAGAUUCAACAACAAAACCCAGAAUUUUCUCAUGUAAUUAUUGCCAAAGAAAAUUCUUCAGCUCCCAAGCUUUAGGAGGCCAUCAAAAUGCCCAUAAAAGAGAGAGGACUUUAGCCAAACGAGUUCAAAAAUUCGACUGGGCGGCGGCGGCAGCGGCGUCGAUUCCACUCCACGGCGGCGCGUUUGAUCGAAGGUCGUCGUUGGGAAUUCACGCGCACUCUCAGCAAAUUCAGAAGCCAGCUGUAGGGUUGUUUUUUGGUGGGGCAGGGCCUGCUAGUUCUCAAUUGUGGCCUAGGCCGUUGUUUAUGGGUCAACAACCGGCGGUGGGGCGGUUGACUGCGGAGGUGGGUGGCCGGAAUUUUGGAAGAUUUGAUGAGGUGGCAGGGUGGGCGGCGAUUGGAAGCUCAAACGCCGGUAAUGAGAGUAAUAAUAAUGUUAAUAUUGUUCAUUCUCAGACCAAACAGGAUCAGGAUCAGUCCAAUUUUCUUGAUUUGUCUCUUAAACUCUAACAUUAAACCAAAUUAUUAUCAUUAUUACUAUUAUUAUUAUUCACUUAUCCUAAUUAUUAGGUCAAUUAAAUCGCUCCUUUUUUUUUUUAUCU